UCCGGAGCGGUGAGGCCCUGCCUGUCCCCAGGUCCCCAGCCGGCACUGUUCUGCUUCUCGGUGCCGCCGGCAGGUACCACGAGUCCUCCUGCAGUGCUGCUGUUGGCACACAGGGGAAAAUCAUUAACUGGCAGCGAGGGGGCCACCUGAGCCGGGACAGGCCCAGCGCCAUGGACUCAGGUCCGGACACCAAGGGGCGCGGUAGCCCCGCCUGUUCCGAGGACUCCCAGAGCCCUGCGCGCCCCAAGGAGCCCGAGAGUCCCCAGAGCCCUGAGCACUCCGCGCCCCCCGCAGACCCCGUGGAACCCGCGGACCCCACGCACCCUGCGCUCCCGCAGCUCCCGCGCCGCCCGCGGCUCCUGGGCGAGGCCCAAGCGCCCGAGGAGGACGCAGCGCCGGUGGCGGCGAGGGGCGGUGAGCCGGGACCCGCGGACCUCACGGCCCCGUCCCAGUCGCUGUCCCUGUCGCCAGGACCCAAGGCUGAGAGCAGCAGCGCCCCGCACAUCGGCUUUAUGCCCGAGCCCCCGCCCUACGCGCCGCCGGACCCAAAGGCGGUUCCUGCGCUCUUUGCACCCUUCCCGCCGCCUGUGCUGCUGCCGCCGGCGCCCGCCGCACUCUUCCCGCCUGGCCCCCUCUUCCCGCCGCCCGCAGCGCCCGGGGCCUUCGCCUUCCCCACGUACUGCAGCCCGGUGGUGGCCCCAGGGGAGCACAGGCCGCCGCCCAAGGACUACAUGACCGAGUCGGUGCUGGUGAUGCUCUUCUGCUGCCUGCUCUCCGGGCUCCUGGCUGUCGUCUAUUCCCACGAGACCCGUGCGGCGCUGGCCAGGGGGGACCUGGCCCAGGCGGAGGAGGCGUCACGCAAGGCCCGCCUGCUCGUGCUGGUCAGCCUGCUCUUCGGGGUCUUCGUGUCCACCAGCUGGGUCCUCUAUGUGGUGAUGGCCUUGUACCUGCCCUGAGGACGUGAGGGGGCUGCCCCUUUCUGUGGACUUGGAUCCCUGCGUGGCCAGCUGACGCCCACAGAGGGCAAAGGACAGGGCAGGUGUGGCCGGUGUCCGCAGCUGUGGCUGCUGCAGUGGCCCUGGGACAGGGACACUAGAGCCUGCUCCAAGGUGAGAGAUUGCGGCAGGACUGAGCCCUCUGUGCAGAGCUAUCUGGACGCGCUCAUGACCUCCAGCCCUGCCUGGUGGCAGACCUGUCCUGGGAGAAGGACAGUGGCCACUUGCCUCCGCCUGGCAGCUGCUGGAGUUGACAGGGGCAGGGGACAGCUGGCUUCCUACUAACCCCACGCCCGGAAACUGGGGCCCAGGUUUGCUCAGUCCACCGGGAGUGGCACCCUGGGUGACUUCCAGGGGACCCCAGCCAGCAUCUGUCCACAGCUGGGCUUGGUGCCUGGCCCAGCCCUUGUGAGGCACCUCUGGCCCUGGACAUCUCUGCUGUGGUGCAUACUGAGCUGUGACACUGCCAGAGCCACCAUCGCUGAUGGCUUUGCUAGGACCAUGCUUGCUCUGCCCUGCCAGCUCCUACCCAGUCCGCGUCCCUGUGACAAUCCUGAUGCCCACGCUGGGGUUGAGGAGGCCGGGUCUGGCCCCGUCUGGGGGCAGGGCUGGAGCAGAUCAGAGGAGAAUACUUCUCUAGGGCUUGGCCCUAGCCAGAAAUGCCCACCGCGGCUCCUCACGGACCUUUCUCUAGCACUGGGGACUGAGCCCAGCCGCAUAUGUGGCUGGACUCAAACACAAAUCAGAGCGGAAAACCCAUGUAGCCUGGCGCUGGGUGGUAACCAUGCUUGAAUCUCCUGGGGACCUGAUCAGAAUUCGAGUUGUGCUCCUUACUGAGCCCAGAGUUCUGCGUUUCUGAUGAGCUCUGUCUGAGGUACGGAGGACAGAGGCUAAGCUCCUCCAUGCUGGACCUGGUGGUGCAUACCACACCUGUCAUCCCACACUUGGGAGGCUGAGGCAGGAGGACUGCCAUGAGUUGAAGGGCAGCUGAAGGGUCCUAAACUACUCAGCCAGACCCUGUCUCAAAACAAAAUGAAACAACUCCGUUCUCGUGGGGUCAAGCCUAUCUUUCCCGUGUGGACAGUGCUUUUCCCUGGUAGCAGGGGCCCCACUCAGAAGGCCUCCUCUAAGCUUGGCAUCUGGACACCCUCUCAAAUGACUUUCAAGUUCAGAUCUGUCCUCUGUCUGGUUGUUUUUUUUUUUUGGUCUUUUUCAUUUUUAUCGGUACCGGGGAUCGAACUCACGACCACCUGCUUGCAAGGCAGGUGCUUAUGCCGCUGAGCUAAACCCCCAGCCCCUUGUCUGGUUGUUUUUUGUGCCACCAUCACAUCCCCCAUGGGCUCCAUAGUAAGUCCUGAUUUGGGGCAGCCAGGUGCCCCUGCCAUCUUAAGAGUCAGUAUUGAAUUCUCCUGUGUGUUGGAGACAGUGUUUCCCUGUGUUGGGCUCCCGAGUAGCUGUGAGUCCGGUGCCGUCGCCAGACUCGGCUUGGCGUUUUAGGAGCAUUUGUGAGUGUGAGUGUUCCUUUCUGUGCCUGCUGUCCAUGGUGCUGGGGUGAAGCCGGGCCUCCCUGUGUGCCAGGUCAGGGCUGUGCCAGGGGGCGGCGCCUCCAGCCCUGGGGUGUGGGUGUCCACACACACGGCUGGGCUGGGGCAUAUGUGCUUUCUCAUCCAGGGGUCAACUGGGAUGGACCGUGUUUGGAGUAUGGGACAUUUGAACCUGAGGACUCACACAUGCCGGACAGUAGUUUACUGAGUUAUAUUCAGCCGGUCUUGAACUCACCAAGUAGCCCAGGCUGGCCUUGAACCUGCAGUGACUGUGUCCUCCUGCCUCAGCCUCCCAAGUGCUGGGAUUACAGGCAUGUGCUGCCAUGCUAGGCUGGUAUAAUACAGUGAGUGUUGUUUAUUAUUAUUUUUUUAAAUUUGUAACAGCAAAAGAUACACUGCCAAGAGUCCCCUCCCCUCACUUCAGAUACACUCUCCAUCGUCCAGGACAUUUUCCCCAGCAGCUCUGGAGUGUUCUUUCCUGAAGGUCUUCAGCUGUGUGGUCGUGGCUGCCUCAAUGUCCUGAAUCCAUUCAAAACAUUUCUCUUUUGGUAGGUGUGGUGGUGCACACCUGUAAUCCCAGCCUUUAGGAGGCUGAGGCAGGAGAAUCACCGAGUGUGAGGCCAACCUGGGGAACACAGAGUGCAAGGCCAGCCUAGACUCUCUAGUGAGACCCUGUCUCACAGAAAAAGAAAAGUCCCUUUCAAGGUUGUUUAGACUUUGGGGGAGGAGCCAGAAGUCCCCUGGUGCCAGGCCCAGUGAAUGCAGUGGAGGACACAGCGUCCUGUUCUCUUGGGCCUGCGUUUCCACGGAGGGACACUCAGCAGCAGUGCCCACUGUAUUUCCAGUCGCACUUGAUGAGGACCCUCGUGAAAGAGGCCUCCUGAGUUGCUGCAGACGCGGCUGGCCUGAGGGGAAACGUGCACACAGCCAGAGGAUCUGAGGGGGAUCUGUGGCAAUGCCUUUUACUGGGGUACAGUUUUAUGGAGACACCUACCCUAGAUUUCAGUCACACCAGUGACAGAGGGCACCCUCCACUCAUGGGGUCCCCGAGCUCCCAGCUCAGAGCAUGCUGGUUUCUAAGCCCUCACCACUAUGUAGUGUCUGACUACGUAGCCUGCUGGGCCAGGCUCACAGUGGCAGUGACAGUUUGGGCCUGGAUGUCCCCUCAAAGUCUCUCUGGUCUUGGCGGGCCUUUUGAAGGCAGCUACUUUAGAGCUUUUGGCUGGUUCGCUGUCUGGCGCUGGGACUGGGGAUGCGCACUGCACCCUUCCUGGGGCAAGGGCCUGCAUAGGACCUAGAGGGUAAGAGGGGCGUCCCCUUUGCCCCUUCUGACCUUGCUUGUGCUGUCCUCCCCCACCAUGAACCGUUGCCUCUGCCAUGCACCACCCUGCCUUUGAGCCGGCUGGGUGUGGCCUGAAACCUCCACAAACUGUGAGCUAAGUAAACCCUUCUUCCUUCAUUUUGGAUAUCAGGUAUUUUGUCUCAGCAAGGAGAAAUGAAACUAACAGAGGUCCACCUGCCUCAGCCUCCUCAGCAUGCACCUGAACCCCCUUCCGAUGUCACCUGGUGAGCAGUGCUGGUCAGCUCUGGCACAUGCAGGUGGCUCCAAUGCCAGCUGUGCCCACUCCCCUCGCUGCCGAGCACUUGUCCACUCCCGAGGGUGGCCACGGUGCACACAUUGGCUGGGCAGAGCUGGUACCCUCAGGAAGCUGGCCUCCUGUCUGUCUGUCUGUCUGUCUGUCGGGACCACAGACUAGCACCACUCCCUCUGUGGUGCUGGUGCCUCUCCUCUUGCCUUUUUGGUCCUGUGAAUCAGGCACACACCAAUCUGCCAGCAGGGCUCGCACUCAGGACCCUCUGCCUCAGCUUCGAGAGGAGCUGGGCUCAAGGCCGUGCCCUGUGCCUCACCCUUCCUGACCCUAGAGCUGCCUGGCCUCCAUGGGGCUCUUCAUCCAUCUCCGCCUUCCUUUCUGUGGUGUCGGCCAGGACACCACCAGCAGAUGGGUGGGCAGCUGGAGCCUCCUCUUGUGAGCUGGAAGGAGCCCCUGACAUUUCAGUGCCGAGGCUGGUGGGCAGGGUUCUCGAAGGCAGCCUUUGUCAGAUUGAAGGAAGCUUUUCAAGUCCGUGAAGGUUUAUUUAUGUAUUUUAUUUUUGUUUUUUUGAGACAGGGUCUUGCUAUGCAGUUCAGGCUGGCCUUGGGCUCACUUUGUAGCCCAGGCUGGUCUCAAACUUUCAACGAUCCUCUUGCCUCAGCCUCCUGAGUGCUGGGAUUAUAGGCAUGCACUACCACACCUCGCUUGUUUAAGUCUGUUUUUUUUUCUUUUUAUCGGUAUGGGGAUUGAACUUACGACUGCCUGCUUGCAAGGCAGGCGCUUAUGCCGCUGAGCUAAAUCCCCAGCCCCGCUUGUUUAAGUUUUGAAAUAAAAACUAUAAAUGGGUGGUGGAUAUUUCUCUAGUCUCUUUUAUGCUUUGGACAGCACCUCACUGUGUAGCCCAGGCUGGCCUUGAACGCAGGCUGACCCUCCUGCCUCAGCCAUGGGUACUGUGAUGACAGGGGGUUGCAUUCUUAGAUGGCUGCUCAGGCCCUUCGGUCCUGAGGGGUCUCCUUCCUUGCUGUACUUGAGUGUGAUCAGGGCAGUUGGGGCCAUGCUCUGGAAGCCUGAGCCCACACUGUGGCCAUGACAGCCUCGAGCAUCCUGUGCUGGUGACACCCAGGGUGGGGCCUUGGGCGGUCACUGUGCCGAUGUCCUGCUCAGGACCCUGCACCCCAACACCUGGCUCUCUGUGGGCAGGCGAUGGGGCCUGGAGCUAUGCGGUCCUAAGUGACACGGCCCUCUGGUCAUGAGUGGCAUGGGAAGGGAGUGCCCGGCGUGCUCUUAUGCUGGUGGGCCGCAGUGUGAAGGCCUGGUGUGGCACUGACCGUCCCGGCCCAGCUCAGGUCUGGUCUCCAGGCACUGCUGGUGGGCCAAGGACUUCAGAUACCUGGCACCGGCGUUCACAUGCAGACCGGCCUGUCACUGCCUGGCCCACCCUUGCUGGGGCCACUGACAUUCUGGUCACCAAGCAAGCUGGGCUGGGGAUGGUGUCACUGCUUGUCAAGCCCACCACUCUGGAGGCUGAGCCAGCAGAAUCACUAAUUAAUUCAAGCCCAAAGUCUGGGUAACUGUGGACCCUGUUUCAAAGUAGUAACUUGGGGCCCGGGAUGUAGCUCAGUGGUACAGUGCCCGCCUGGCAGUGUGAGGGGCCCUGAGCUUGAUUUCCAGUAACCAAACCAAACCAAACCUUAGCGUUUUUGCUGGGUGUGGUGUCACACACGUCAUCCCAGUCCUCAAGAAGCUGAGGCAGGAGGAUCACCUGACUUUGAGGCCAUAACAAAACCUUAUCUCAAAACACAAACAAAAAAAUACAAAAUCCUCCUGAAACAAACAAAACCGAAAUGGGCUGGGGACGUAGCUCUGUUGUGGAGGACACCUAGGCUCCACUCUCUGGACCACAAUUAAAAGCCCAAACCCCAAGCCCAUGCCAGGGCGAGAAGUGUGCCCCUCCGCCUUCCAGGGCAGCGCAGGCAGGGAUGGGCUCUGGCACGUGGUUUCUGUCCAGCUGGGUAGCAGGCCUGGUCUGCUGGGUGAAUCCAGAUCACACUUCACCCCCAGGGCUGCAGCUCUGUGCUGGAGAUGGGCCCCAGGCCUUCACACUGAGCUCCACCCUGGCCUUCAGCUUGUGUCUUGAGCCAGAGUCUCUAAGUGACCACAUUGUAGUCUAGGUUCAAAUUCAUGAUCCUCCUGCCCAGCCUCUAGGUGACCACACCUGUGUACUGUGCGUGACUUGAAGCUCUUCCUGGGGCUCCUUUGAAGCUGCAUGAGUACGUGGCACCAAGAGUGGCUGGUGGACACACUCCCAUGUUGAAAGAGCCUGCCAGUGCCCCUCCUUCCCACCAUGGUCUCUCAGACCCUCUGGGGCCAAGGGCAGCACCCCCAGCCA